ACGCUUCGGUCUAGCAGUCCCGUAACCCUCUGUGCUGCGCUCUCGCGGGGCCUGCGCCCAACUCGGCGGGAAGAGUCUGGGGGCGGUUGAGGAGGACUCGCAGCGACGUCGACGUCACUUAGACCUCCGGAAAUCUAUGGUGUGUCCUUAGGGAUGCCCUGAAAGGCGCUCUAGGCGGGGAACUCUAUAGUCGGACUCUCUAGCCCAGGCCUCCGGUUGACUCUAUGGUUGCAGCCCGCCCACCUCGAGCGUCCCGGCCGGGCCUGCUGUGUUUACGAUGCCGGCGGCGCCGGUUUCCUGAGGCGGAGACAGCGGCAGCGGUAAGAGCGGCGGCUCUUCCCUCGGGGUUCUCGCGGUGCGAGGAGGGCGGCGCGGCCUCUGGGCCUCUGAGUUUUCUUGUAGUUGAUUAUGGAAGAAGUGCACAAGAGUACCAGUAACAGUUCAGCGACACCACCACAAACAACGUCCAUACAAGGUACACCACUGCAGGCCGCUCAUCUCUCUCACAUUGCUCAACAGAUGUCUCUAAGAGGUCCUACUCCGUUGACAGUUGUACAGCUUCCUGGAGAGCAAGUACAGGUCCAGGGAGUCAUUCAAACAGCUCAGUCCUCUGUAAUCCACUCACCCCAGGUGCAAACAGUGCAGGUAUCUUCUUUGUCAGAGAGUGAGGAUUCUCAGGAUUCAUCGGAUAGCAUAGGUUCUUCACAGAAGACCCGAGGUAUCUUAGCACGGCGACCGUCUUACCGAAAAAUCUUGAAAGAUCUUUCGUCCGAAGACGCACGAGAUAGAAAAGGAGAUGAUGAAAGUCCUGGUGUCUCUACUGUCACCUCUAUGUCUGUUCCCACACCUAUCUACCAGACCAGCACUGGACAGUACAUUACUAUUGCCCCAAACGGAGCACUGCAGCUGGCCAGUUCAGGUACAGAUGGUGUGCAGGGUCUGCAGACAUUAACAAUGACAAAUGCUGGUGGCACUCAGCCUGGGACAACAAUACUGCAAUAUGCGCAAACAUCUGAUGGUCAGCAGAUACUUGUGCCCAGCAACCAGGUCGUAGUGCAGACUGCAUCAGGAGAUAUGCAGACAUAUCAGAUCCGUACCACACCAACAACCACUUCCCUCCCACAGACAGUAGUGAUGACCUCUCCUGUCACCCUUACGUCUCAGACAACCAAGACAGAUGAUCCACAGUUGAAACGAGAAAUAAGGCUCAUGAAGAACAGGGAAGCUGCUCGAGAAUGCCGUAGAAAGAAGAAAGAAUAUGUUAAAUGUCUGGAAAAUCGAGUUGCGGUCCUGGAAAAUCAAAACAAAACUCUAAUUGAAGAGCUAAAAACUUUGAAAGAUCUUUACUGCCAUAAAAAUGUGUAAGAAAAGGAGGCACAACUUUUUGUGGACUGUCUAAAUUUCCAUGGGGAAUUUUUUUAUACCGAAUUUUUUAAAAUUAAAUGAAAGGUCAAAAAUGAAACUUUUCUACCUAGAUUUCACGACUUAAAGACUAUAAAGAUUUUAUUUACAACAUGUUAAUGACAAACUACAAAAAGGAAACAAGAAAACCUCAACAAAACUGCUGGCAGAACUGGAAACAUCAUUAAAAUCAAGGCUACAUCGGCAAUAAAAGGACAUGCACAUUUUAUCAGACAAGUGAUUUGAAUUUCCUGAACUACAAAUUAAUUUGGUAACAGCAGUAAUAUGUGAUUACGGUUAAAAUGUGGAUGAGAUGGAAUCCUUGCCAUUAGUUGAAAAUUAUUAGCAACAAAUAUAACCAGUAUAGGUUUUAAUUUCUUUUGUUCUUUGAUCCUUAUCUUUUUCUUUCAGUUAUUUGUAUGUAAAUAUUUUUAUUUCAACCUGUAAAUUCUAACUUACAGGUAAAAAAGAAGCUAAUACUUUGCUAAAAGUAUAAAUUAUGUUUACUUUUCUCAGCUGGCAAUCUGUUUAAAGGUGGGGGGGUUGUUUUGUUUUGGGUUUUUUUGUAAAAUGUUUGCUGUGUUUAUCAAAGUUGGAGAGGUUUUGCAGAAGGCAAUGGGAAAAUUAUUUUUCAGGCCUAACCCUGAAAGAUGUCGAAGGCACAUGAAUAAGAUGUUGACUUCUGAAGAGUAUUCAACACAUUCAGUUACUUUAAACCAGCAGUUUGGUAGAAUGGGUGUAGCUGAACAAAAGUUGUCAGAGAAUGCUUUUUAAAUAGCUUUGUUCGUGGUUACUGGGUGUGAUAAACUAUAAUUGAAAAAUAAAUUGUGUGCUGAUUAUAUAUACAACUGAACAUGCAUUGCUUAUUCUGUUUGGAGAUCAUACUAUGCUUAAUUAAAAAGUUUACAGACCAAAAAAAAGACACAGUAAAAUAAAAAGCUAAAGAUACAUACCAAAGGGUUUAAUACAGUUCUAAUAUAGGGUUUAUACAUUAAAAAAAUAAAAGUGCACAAUUACCAGACUAAUUUUGUAAGGUAGGCAAUAUUUUGUGAAGUUAUUCCAUCUUUGUAAGAAAAUACUCUAUUGAAAAUAGUUAAUGGCUGGUAUAUUUUUAUAAGUAAACUAUUACCUUUACAAAUUCUAAAAUGGAGUUUAUAUGCAUAUUUUAACAGUUUUAUACAGUUCCUUUUAGUAAACAAAUAGAUAUUUUGUGUCUGAUUAUUGAUUAUAUAUUUUUAUGGGUUAGCACAAAGUAAAAUUAGAUUCUCUUUGGAGCAGAAAAUAUUUUGGAUUACUUUUGUUUCUGUAAGCAACUGACCUUAAAAAUAAAUCCUAAGGAAUAUUGUUGGGGAAAAAGAAACAGUUAGCAUUUUUUUUCCAUAUUCAGUAGAAACAGCACGUGCUUGAAUUUACUGCAAAAAUACUAUUGGGGAUUCUAGUAUGUAUCAUUUUGACUUGUUUCUUUAAAGUAAAAGUUAAAGGUUGUUUGACAUGAUCAGGACUCGAAUAUAAAUAAAAUAUUAUGUGACCAUGGUUAUUACAUGAACAGUGAAUAUGCUAUUUUCUGUAGUUAGGAUUGGAUCCUGCUUCCAUUAUUUCAAUGGGCAUUGUGCCAUGAUCUAUGUUACUAAAAUGUGGUAAGGACAUCAGUGAGUUGUGCUAGCUCAGUCCUGAAUGAAAUUUAAAAAUGUAUUUGCUCUCCUUGUAUGUUGUUUAUAUAAGGUCUAUCACCAUUUAUUUUAUUAGUCUACUAUAUAUAUUGCGCUUCCUACCAAGCCGUCAGACUCUGAAUUCCACAAUGGAGUUGUUAGUGGGUUAGAUAAAUAUUUUGUAUUUGUAAAGUUUAAUAUAACAUAUGUGGCUAUUAUGGGAUAUUGUUUGCUGUAAAGUUACUUUAAAUAGAACUGAAAUAUACAUUAGAAUUCCUACUCAUGUCAAAAAUCUUUAUAAAAUGUUUAAAAUGCAUUUGUUGCCCAGCACUAGAAAAACUUGCAUGCUUGGCGCUCAACCCUGCUUGGGUAAAGAUGACAUCCUAGGAGGUUCUGAGUGCCUCAAAACUUCCAUUAAGGUCAGUGGGAGUUCAGGAUAAUGACCACCUCAACAGGACUGGGCUCUUUGGUCAGACUCUGCCACUGAAUAUGUAUGCACUACUCUCAGUAACUUCAAAGGGAGACAGACUCGGUGGUCUGCAGGCAGACUCGGACCGUCAAUAUUGAAGCUUUAAUCAUGGCUUUCCUGUAAAUUAAAUUAACUUGAAACUCUUAUUUGUGGUAUUUUGCUCCCAACUCUGUACCAUUGCUGUUCUUUUUUAAAUUUCUUCUUUUGUGAUAAAGGAUUUUUUUUAAAUGAAACAAUUGGCAAGUAUCAUUACAGUACAAAAAAUAGUAACUGAUUCCUGCUUUGUUUUGCAGCUGAAUGACUUUUAUUAUUACCAGAGAGAAAAACAUCAGUCAAUUUUAUUCUAUUGAUGUAGUAGGGUUUGGGAAGAAGCAGUAUAGGUAUAUUCUUUAUCGUGGAAGUAUGAAGUGGUCAUAUUGGUUUGUUCCUUGAGUGAUUACUUUUCAGAAGGAAUUUAUUUUGGAAAGGGUUUAACACUGAAUACUAUUGGUCUGGUUACCUCCAUAGCUACAUACAUCAUAUGAAUUGUAAAGACUUGUUGAAACAAAUAGGUGCUUGCAACUCUUGACCUCAGUAAUAAAGACCCCAAAAUACAAUUCUAAUGUUCCUCACUUAUUGAAUCACAACUUAUUUAGUUAAAGGGCUGCUGCUGAGUAACUUUGGUCCAAAAUUUAAUCAGUCUUAAAAUCAUGAUGUAGAGAGUUUCUUCUGUGGUCCAGCUUUUUUUUUUUUUUUUUUUUAAUAACAAACCUCAACAGCUACCUAAAACUAGAAAAUACUGUAUGCUCUGCUGUUAGUGAUCCAGAAGAGGGUGCACAAGUUAACUUUAACAAUUUCCUUCUAUCUGUAAACACCCGACCUACUGUUGUUAAAAAUCAACACCUACAAUUACUGUAAUUGAAAGAUUGGGAAAAAAAAUUAUUUUUGUUUUCUGUAUACUUUUUGCAUAGUUCCUGUCACAGAUACUGCAACCCUUUUCAGUAUCUUUGGGGAACCACUGUAUUGAAUUUAUGAAUGGUUUUGUCUUAUUGUGUUCUACUCCAUGGGGGAGAGUUAUCACAGCUCCUCCAGGAACUAAAAACUGGAGGGUAAUUAUCCUGGGGAUUGUAAGCAACUCCAGAGAACCACCACCCCAUGGGAAGUUUGGAUAUAUUGAUUAAAACUGGGUUUUCCAGAGAGAUACUCAGAGACAUGGCUUUUGUAUAAAAAGCUGAGUUUGAGCUGACUCUGGGCGUUCACUUUGAUUCAGCAAACAGAACCUUCUGUGUAAAAGAGACCACAACCCUCAUGGAGGAGCUGGAAAGACUUUGGCUUACGAGGGCCCCAUAAAACUGAUGGGUGACCUUUGGUAAGGUUUUAACAUACAUACAGGAACUAUUAUGCGUUUGUACGUGUUUCCUCUGUAUGCUCUUUUGUUCUUACAAUAAAUGUACUCU